UUUCUGAUCUUUGUCCUGAUCCCCGGCUUUCUGGGCAGGCGGCUGGAGGCCGGCAGCGGGGAGCAGACCGCCCGGAGCGGGGCGGCUGCCAUGGCGACCCGGCAGGCCGCUUACAACCUGGAGGAGAGCGGGCGGCGCGCGCCCCGGGAUCCGGAGACGGGGGAUUCGUCCCCGCCGGUGCUGUUGCUCAGCCACUUCUGUGCCGCUCCGUUCCUCUGCUUUGGGGACGUCCGCGUGGGCACCUCACGGACGCGGUCUCUGGUCCUGCAAAACCCGCACGAGGAGCCUCUGCAGGUGGAGCUGUCGCUGCUGCGCGCCGCAGGCCAGGGCUUCAGCGUGGUGCCGAGCCGCUGUGAGCUGAAGCCUAAAGAAAAAGUUACUGUUUCUGUUACCUGGACACCACUGAAAGAAGGACGAGUAAGGGAGAUUGUGACAUUUCUUGUAAAUGAUUUUUUGAAGCACCAGGCUAUAUUACUAGGAAAUGCAGAAGAGCAUAGAAAGAAAAAGCGAAGUCUUUGGAAUACCAAUAAGAAGAUUCCAGGCUCUUCAAAAUAUAAACGGACUUCCAAAAGCCAAAAUUUUAAUGAAGCAUUUACUAUUUCACAAAAAGUUGUCAGAAUUAGGAGCCCACUACAGGCCUGUGAAAAUCUGGCUAUGAGUGAAUGCUGUUCUCCAACAGAAAACAAUUCUUUAUCCCUUGAAGAAAACAGAGUUCCCACCUUAUCUAUUAGCCCUGUUAAAGAAUGCCAGAAUGAAACUUGCUUGCCAAUGUGUUUCCACAAGUCUACUGCCUCAUCUCUUCAUAGAUCCAAAAAUGCACAUUUCAAAGCACAAGAUGCCAGCAUUUCAAACGAUUUUAAUUUUAAUGAGGAAGUCACAAAUGAAACUUUUCUUAAUCCCAUUAGUAUUAGUGGCCAAAGUGAAGGGAAUAGUAAACUUCCUCUUGCUCCAAACUGUUCUUCACCUUUGAAUAUUACACAAAGCCAAAUCAAUUUUCUCAGUCCAGAUUCUUUCGUAAACAACAGCUAUGCAUCUGAUAAUGGCCUAGGAUUAGUGAGAAAUGUUUUAUCAGAAACAUUUAGGAAAGAGAACUCAGAGUCUCUGUGUUUGGAAUCCCAAACUGUACAUGAAGUUUGCCAAACCAUCUUAAGCCCAGAGUCUUUUUUAAACGAUAAUUAUGGACUUAAAAAAGCUGUCAAAUCAGAUUCAGUCAAUCCCAUUUUAUCUCCAACACAAUUUGUAAAGGAUAACAUGGCACAUAUAGGUCAGCAAACAUGUAAGUUAUCAGCAUUAUCAAAUAAAACUUCCCAGGACUGGAAAAUAAGAGAGGGUUUAGCAUAUCACCUUGAGGGUCUGCAGUCAGAAACUCCCAAGGUUAGUUUUGAAAAACAAAACCCUGUAGAAAUAAAGUACCAUAGCCCCGGUCUUACAAAACAUCUCAGUGUUUCUAAGUUUCAAGAUGCUUCUCUUUGUAACCAGGAUAAGCAACCAAAGAGACGCCCAAUUCUUUCUGCCACUGUUACCAAAAGAAAGCCCACCAAUGCUAGAGAAAAGCUACCUGAGAUUGAUAAGCCAAACGCUAAAAGAUGUCUCAAAGGUAUAGUAGAUGAAUGUGGAGAAGAAGUGGAUAGCCUAAAAGAGAGAGGUUGUCAUUCUUGUCUUCCAGUUGUAGAGCGAGUAGUAAGUAAACCUCCGGGUUAUGAAAAUGCAGGGACACCUUCUACGGCAGUUUUAGUUUCUCGUAAAAGAAAGAGCAACGGAAGCAUGGAAGACGCAAAUGGAAAACUGGCUGUUACAGAACAUGGGGACAUGUGUGAAAUCAAACGAAUCCAUUUUUCUCCUCUUGAGUCUACACUGUCAACUAUUGCAAGAACCAAAAAGAAAGAAACACUUACCUCAAGACAUAUUAGCAACUGCGAGAAAUCAAGCCUGAAGAAGAAACCUGAUUCAUCGGUAUUAAAAACACCUCUUUCUAAAACAAAGAGAAGAACACGACCCAUUGUUGGUAUAGCACAGUCUCAUCUGACCUUCAUAAAGCCAUUAAAAGCAGCUAUUCCUAGACACCCAAUGCCAUUUGCUGCAAAGAACAUGUUCUAUGAUGAACGCUGGAAGGAAAAGCAGGAACAGGGCUUCACUUGGUGGCUAAAUUAUAUAUUAACGCCUGAUGACUUCACUGUAAAAACAAAUGUUUCUGAAGUAAAUGCUGCCACGCUUGUUUUGGGAGUGGAGAGCCAACAUAAAAUAAGUGUCCCGAAAGCACCCACCAAAGACGAAGUUUCUCUCCGAGCUUACACAGCCAGCUGCAGGAUGAAUAGAUUACGCCGUACAGCUUGCUCCUUGUUUACUUCUGAAAAAAUGGUUAAAGCUAUUAAAAAGCUUGAAAUUGAAAUUGAAGUUGGACGGUUAAUUGUACGGAAAGAUAGACACCUCUGGAAAGAUAUUGGACAACGCCAGAAAGUCCUGAAUUGGCUGUUGUCAUAUAAUCCUCUGUGGCUUCGAAUUGGCCUGGAGACAGUUUAUGGCGAACUGAUCCCUCUGGCAGACAACAGCGACGUCACAGGGCUGGCUAUGUUCAUUCUGAAUCGCUUACUUUGGAAUCCUGAUAUAGCAGCUGAAUAUAGACACCCCACUGUUCCUCUUCUGUUUCGAGAUGGUCAUGAAGCAGCUUUGUCUAAGUUCACGCUGAAAAAAUUACUGUUGUUGAUCUGUUUCCUUGACCAUGCUAAGAUUUCCAGACUUAUUGAUCAUGAUCCCUGUCUCUUUUGUAAAGAUGCUGAAUUCAAGGCUAGUAAAGAACUUCUUCUAGCCUUUUCUCGAGAUUUCCUAAGUGGUGAAGGUGACCUUUCUCGUCACCUUAGCUUAUUGGGAUUACCUGUGAGCCAUGUUCAGACACCACUUGAUGAAUUUGAUUUUGCUGUUACGAAUCUUGCCGUGGACCUGCAAUGUGGGGUGCGCCUUGUGCGGACCAUGGAACUUCUCACACAGAACUGGAAUCUGUCAAAGAAACUCCGGAUUCCUGCAAUAAGUCGAGUUCAAAAGAUGCACAAUGUUGAUCUUGUUCUUCAGGUUCUCAAAUCACGAGGGGUUCAACUAACCGACGAGCAUGGAAACACCAUCUUGUCUAAGGAUAUCGUGGAUCGGCACAGAGAGAAAACACUUGGGUUGCUUUGGAAAAUAGCUUUUGCUUUUCAGGUGGAUAUUUCCCUUAAUUUGGAUCAAUUAAAGGAAGAAAUUGAUUUUCUGAAACACACAUACAAUAUAAAAAGAGCAAUGUCGGCCCUAUCCUGCCAUUCUCAAGCUGUUGCUAAUAAGCAAAAGGACAAAAGGAAGAGCGGGUCCUUUGAACACUAUGGUGACAGUGUGCAGUUACUGAUGGAUUGGGUAAAUGCCGUCUGUGCCUUCUAUAAUAAACAGGUGGAGAAUUUUACAGUGUCUUUCUCAGAUGGCCGUGUGCUGUGCUAUCUGAUCCACCACUACCACCCGUGCUAUGUGCCUUUUGAUGCCAUAUGCCAGCGUACUACUCAGUCCGUGGCCUGUGCACAGACUGGGUCAGUGGUGUUAAAUUCUUCAUCUGAAUCAGAGGGAGGUUGUCUGGAUCUGUCUCUUGAAGCGCUUGAUCAUGAAAAUACUCCAGAAUUAUAUAAAGAGCUUCUAGAAAAUGAAAAGAAAAAUUUCCAUUUGGUGAGAUCUGCAGUUAGAGACCUUGGAGGAAUACCUGCUAUGAUUCAUCAUUCAGACAUGUCAAAUACAAUUCCAGAUGAAAAGGUGGUUAUUACCUAUUUGUCAUUCCUUUGUGCAAGGCUUUUGGAUCUCCGUAAAGAAAUAAGAGCUGCCCGACUUAUACAGACAACUUGGAGAAAAUAUAAACUAAAAAGAGACCUAAAACACCAUCAGGAAAGAGAUAAAGCUGCUAGAAUUAUUCAGUCAGUUGUUCGCAAUUUUCUAACCAGACGAAGAUUGCAAAAAAAGACCAGUGCAGCUCUGGUCAUUCAAAACUGUUGGCGAAGAGUCUCAGCACAAAGAAAGUUGCUAAGGCUGAAAAAUGAAAAACUUGCCGAAGUUCAAUGUAAAUCAGCAUCACUUAUUCAGGCUUAUUGGAGAAGAUACUCCACCAGAAAACAGUUUGGGAAGUUGAAAUACUACUCAGUCAUCCUUCAGUCUAGGAUAAGAAUGAUUGCCCUUACAUCUUACAAACGAUAUCUUUGGGCCACAGUUACUAUUCAGAGGCGUUGGCAUGCUUGUUUAAGAAGAAAACAGGAUCAACAGCGAUUUGAAAUGCUGAAAUCUUCAGCCCUUGUAAUCCAGUUCAUGUUCAGAAGGUGGAAGCGACGCAGGCUGCAGCUCCAGACUAGAGCUGCAGUAACGCUGCAGCGAGCUUUUAGAGAAUGGCAUUUCAGGAAACAAGCCAGAGAAAAAUCCGCUGUGGUGAUACAGUCCUGGUAUAGAAGACACAGGGAAGUGCAGAAAUAUAUGUAUAUUAGGUCUUGUGUUGUUGCCAUCCAGAGAAGAUUUCGGUGCUUUCAAGCCCAGAAGUUGUAUAAGAGAAGGAAAGCUGCUGUCCUGACUCUCCAGAAGCACUACAGGGCGUAUCAGAAGGGGAGGCUAGCACGCACUGACUAUCUGCGGAAACAAGCUGCUGCCAUUCGGUUGCAGGCUGCGUUCAGGGGGAUGAAGGCUCGCAAUUCACACAGGCGCAUGCGAGCUGCCUGUGUUCUCCAGUCCUAUUGGAGAAUGAGACAGGAAAGACUUCGAUUUUUAAACCUUAAAAAGACUGUUAUCAGAUUGCAAGCACACAUAAGGAAACAUCAACAAUUACAGAAAUACAAGAAUAUAAAGAAAGCAGCUAUUAUAAUUCAAACUCGUUUCCGAGCUUCCAUCUCAGCCAGGAAGGUUCUAGCAUCUUAUCAGAAAACACGGUCUUCAGUCAUCAUUCUACAGUCUGCAUAUCGAGGGAUGCAAGCCAGGAAAAUGUUCAGUCAUACUUUAACAUCUGUUAUAAAGAUUCAGUCAUCUUAUCGGGCUUAUAUAUCAAGAAAGAAAUUUCAGAGCUUCAGAAAGGCCGCAAUAAAGCUGCAGUCAGUUGUCAGGAUGAAACAAACACGUAAGCGGUAUUUGCGUUUAAGAGCAGCUGCACUAUUCAUCCAGCAGUGGUACCGUUCCCAAAAAACGGCUGCACAAAAGAGAAAAGAGUACACGCAGGUGCGAGAAUCCUGUAUCAGAUUGCAAGCAUGUUUUAGAGGAUGCCUCGUCCGAAAGCAGAUGAGGGUGCAAAGCCGAGCUGCCGUUUCUCUGCAGUCUUACUUCAGAAUGAGGAAAAUGAGGCAGCGGUACCUGAAGAUGUGCAAGGCAGCUGUUGUCAUUCAGCAUUCCUACCGGGCCUACAAGGCACAAGUCAGUCAAAGGAAGACGUUCUUGCAGGUCAAAGCAGCAGCUGUUUGUUUGCAGGCAGCUUUCAGAGGCUACAAAGUCCGCCAGAUAGUCAAGCGGCAGUCUACAGCUGCUGUUACAGUGCAGAGGGUUUUUAGAGGCUACAGGCAGAGGAGGAAAUUCCAAAGCAUGCUUCAGUCUGUGCUGAAGAUUCAGAGAUGGUACAGGGCACACAAGAUUGCUUAUGACGUGAGAACACAAUUCCUCAGGACAAGAGCGGCUGCAGUCUCUCUCCAGUCUGCCUGCCGUGGCUGGAGAGUUCGGCAGCAGCUCAGGAGGGAACAUCAGGCUGCAGUGAAGAUCCAGUCCACUUUUAGAAUGGUCCUGGCCCAGAAACGGUUUCAGUUAUUAAGAACAGCAGCAAUAGUCAUCCAGCAGCAUGUCAGGGCAUGGGCUGCAGGAAAGAGGCAGCGCUUGGAGUUUGUUGAACUCCGUCGUGCAGUUCUGGUGUUGCAGGCUACAUGGAAAGGAAAGACACUAAGAAGACAGGUUGCCCGGCAGCACAAAUGCGCUGCCCUCAUACAGUCAUAUUACAGAAUGCACGUUCAACGAAGGAAGUGGAGGAUCAUGAAAACAGCUGCUCUUCAGAUUCAAGCGUAUUACAGGACUUACAAAGUUGGAAAAGAACAGCGCUGUUUAUAUUUGGAAACAAAAGCAGCUAUAGUAACUUUGCAGUCAGCUUACCGUGGUAUGAAAGUGAGAAAACAAAUAACUGAAUGCAACAGAGCAGCAAUCACUAUACAGUCUAAAUUUAGAGCUUACAGAACCCAAAAGAAAUACACAAACUAUAGAACUGCAGCUAUUGCAAUUCAGAGAUGGUAUCGGAAUAUUAAAAUUGCAGCCCAGCAACAUCAGGAGUAUCUUAACUUCAGGAAAACAGCCAUUAAAAUUCAAGCUGUUUAUAGAGGUGUUAGAGUCAGAAGACAUAUUCAACACAUGCACGUGGCAGCCACACUUAUUAAAGCCAUGUUUAAGAUGCAUCAGUCGAGAGUAAGAUACCACAGGAUGAGAACAGCAGCUGUUGUAAUUCAAGGGAGAUACAGAGCGUAUCGUCUAGGCAAAACUCAGCGUGAGAAAUACCUGGCAACUCUGCAGGCUAUUAGAACUCUUCAGGCAGCUGUUAGAGGAGCAAGGGUUAGGCAGACUGUGAGAAGGAUGCAGAUCGCAGCAACACUCAUUCAGUCGUGCUUUAGAAGAUACAGACAGCAAACAUAUUUUCAUAGGUUAAGGGAGGUGACAAAAAUGGUCCAGCAGAGAUACCGAGCGAUGAAAGAAGGAAGCAUUCAGUUUCAGAGGUACAAUAGACUGAGACAUUCUGUAAUACUCAUUCAGGCUGCCUUUAGGGGACUGAAAGCUAGGAGACACCUGAAAGCCAUGCACGUAGCUGCCACACUCAUUCAGAGGAGAUAUAGAACUCUACUGGUGAGAAGAAGAUUCCUCUCUCUCAGGAAAACUGCUGUUUGGAUUCAGAGACAAUACCGUGCAAAUCUUCACACCAGGUAUCACCGGCAGUUUCUGUUGGAAAGGGCAGUUACUAAGAUCCAGUCAUCAUACAAAGGAUGGGUGGUGAGGAAAAGGAUGCAGAAGAUGCACAGGGCUGCCACUGUGAUCCAGGCCACCUUCAGAAUGCACAGAGCCUGUGUGAGGUACCGGGGUUUGAAGCAGGCCUCAGCUGUGAUCCAGAAGCAAUACCGAGCACACAGAGCUGCAAAACUGCAGAGGCAGCUUUUCGUCAGACAGAGACAUGCUGCUGUGAUCCUUCAGGCUGCCUUUAGGGGCAUGAAAGCCAGAAAUCAGUUGAAGACUAUGCAUUCUUCUGCGGCCCUUAUUCAGAGUCAAUUCAGAGCUUUAGUAGUGAGGAGGAGAUUCACUGCUCUCAGGAAAGCUGCUAUAUUUGUUCAGAGGAGAUACCGAGCCACCAUUUACACCAAGCAUGAACUGCACCAGUUCCUGCAGUUACGGAAGGCAGCCCUUACAAUACAGUCCUCUUAUCGAAGACUGGUGGUAAAAAGGAAGCUACAAGAAAUGCACAGGGCUGCAGUUCUCAUCCAGGCUACUUUUAGAAUGCACAGAGCGUAUGUUCGAUUUCACACUUGGAAACGUGCCUCGAUCAUAAUUCAGCAGCAUUACCGAACAUACAGAACUAUGAAACGACAAAGAGAAAAACUUAAUGGACUUAUCGGACAGUGGGAUUCUGCUGCGGCCAAUCAAGCUGCACAUAAAGGAAUGAAAGCGAGCCAGCCUUUAAAAGAAAAACACCGUGCUGCUGUCAUCAUACAAAGCACAUUCAGGAUGCACAGGCAGCGCUGUUUCUACCAGAAACUUCAGUGGGCGGCAAAAGUAAUACAAGAAAAAUACAGAGCAAAUAAACACAGACAGCAAGCUCUUCUGCUCAGUGCCUGUAAGGAAGAAACAACUCCUAAUCAGAUACAUUCUCAGGAUUCAAACACUACAAAAGAAGUUCAGCACCAGCAUGAGGCUGCCGUGAUUAUACAGAAACAUUUUAGAGCCUUUAAAGCAAGGAGGCAGGUGGAGUCUGAAAGAGGCUUCCAGGCUGUAUGGAGGAAGUAUAAAGCUAAGAAAUACUUAUCCAAAGUGGAAGCUGCCUGCAGGAUUCAAGCUUGGUACAGGUGUAGGAGAGCACGCAAGAGAUACCUAGCUUUAUUAAAAGCUGCUAAAAUUAUUCAAGGAUACUUCUGUGCCAAGCUGGAGAGAAUGAGGUUCUUGAAGAUGAAAGCAUCAGCAAUUAUAAUUCAGAGGAAAUGGAGAGCUACACUCUUUGCAAGACUAGCUCGUGAGGAGUUGAUUUUAAAAGUUUCAGAAGAGAAAGCCAAAAUUCGACUUCUCCACUUUACAGCGGCUGCAUACUGUCACAUGUGUGCUGUUCGAAUUCAGCGAGCAUAUAGAAUCCACGUGGCUGUGAGGAAUGCUAAGAAGCACAUUCAUUCAGUCAUCUCUAUUCAGAGAUGGUUUCGAAGAAGAUUGCAACAAAAGAGGUUUAUUGAACAGUAUCAUGAGAUCAUAAAAACUGACCGUGAAGCCCAAGAACGUCGGCACCGGCAGAACAGGGCAGCAUCAGUGAUACAGAAGGCGGCGCGCCGCUUCCUCCUGUGCAGAAGACAGGAAAAAAUCAAUAGCAGUGCCGCCAGAAUUCAGGCGCUGUGGAGAGGCUACUCUUGGAGGAAGAAAAACGAUCGCACGGAAAUUAGAGCUAUCCGACUGAGCCUGCGAGCCGUCAAUAGGAACGUGGAGGAGGAGAACAAGCUCUACAGAAGAACUGCGCGUGCGCUGCAUCACCUGCUGACGUACAAGCACUUGUCCGCCAUCCUGGAUGCUCUGAAGCACCUGGAGGUUGUGACCAGAUUAUCUCCCCUUUGCUGUGAGAACAUGGCUGAAAGCGGAGCGAUUUCUACGAUCUUUGUUGUGAUCCGAAGUUGUAAUCGAAGUGUCCCUUGUAUGGAAGUUGUUGGAUAUGCUGUUCAAGUGUUGCUGAAUGUAGCAAAGUAUGAGAAGACCACCUCAGCAGUUUACAAUGCUGAGAACUGUGUGGACACGCUGCUGGAGCUUUUGCAAGUGUACCGAGAGAAGCCUGGUGAUAAAGUUGCCGAGAAGAGUGCGAGCAUUUUCACGAGAACUUGCUGUUUAUUAGCUGUGCUGUUGAAGACAGAGCAUUGCGCUUCUGAUGUACAAAACAGAUCAAAAGUUAUUGAUCGUAUUUAUCGCCUCUACAAAUUUACAGUUCCUAAGCAUAAAGUGAAUUCAAAUACAGAAGGGUUAUUUGAUAAGCAGAAGCAGAAUUCCUGUAUAGGCUUUCCUUUUAUACCAGAAAGAUCUGUGAAGACCAGAAUAGUUUCGAGACUUAAGCCACAGUGGGUUUUGAGGCGUGACAAUGUGGAAGAAAUCACAAAUUCAUUGCAAGCUAUUCAACUGGUGAUGGAUACCCUUGGCAUUCCUUAUUAGUAAAUGGAAACAUUUUCAGUGUAGGACUGUUAAAAAAGAAAUCUUACGCCAAUCAUGCAUACGUGGAGCAGUUUUUACUUCCAGUGUAAACUUUUGAAAUAUUCCUUUGUAUAAAAUAAAAAUAUAUAUUACAAGUUA